GAAUAACUUUCGAAAUGGCUGCUCGUUCCAUUGUUAAGUAUUUACGUCCAAAAACUGUUGCACACCAAAUUCAUAGAUGUUCUUCACUCUCUGCAUUUGAAAUACAACAUAAAACUCCAUCUAUCAAAAAAGUAAUGCCUAUACCAAAAGCACAUUAUGGAGGGCGACAUACAGUUACACUUUUACCUGGUGCUGGAAUUGGUCCAGAAUUGAUGACCUAUGUAAAAGAGGUUUUCAGUUUUGCAGGUGUUCCAGUAGAUUUUGAAGAUGUAGAUAUUGAUCCAAACGCAGAUGAUAAUGUUGAUUUAGAUUAUGCUAUUACAUCAAUUCGUAGAAAUGGUGUAGCAUUAAAAGGAAACAUUGAAACUCGUAGCACAGAAGCUGGUGUACUUUCCCGAAAUGUUGCUCUUCGGAAUGAAUUAGAUCUUUAUGUAAAUGUUUUACAUUGUGUAUCAUAUCCAGGGGUAAAUUCACGCCAUAAAAACAUUGAUAUUGUUAUUGUCAGACAAAAUACAGAGGGGGAAUAUGCUAUGCUAGAACACGAAAGUGUGAAAGGUGUUGUAGAAAGCAUGAAAGUUAUUACAACUACCAAUUCUGAACGUGUUGCAAGAUAUGCAUUCGAAUAUGCUAAACGGAAUGGAAGAAAAAAAGUUACAACAGUUCAUAAAGCAAAUAUAAUGAAGCUCUCUGAUGGAUUAUUUUUAGAAACAUCAAAAAGAGUUGCAAAAGAUUACCCAGAUAUUACUCAUAAUAACAUGAUUAUUGAUAAUACCUGUAUGCAAUUGGUCUCCAAUCCACAUCAAUUUGAUAUUGUAUUAACAACUAAUUUAUAUGGUGCAAUUGUAUCAAAUGUAGUAUGUGGUCUGUUAGGGGGUGCUGGAUUAUUAGCAGGUAAAAAUUUUGGAGAUCACUAUACAGUGUUUGAACCAGGUACUCGUAACACUGGAACAGGCAUUGCUGGAAAAAAUAUUGCCAAUCCUAUUGCAAUGUUAAAUGCCGCCGUUGACAUGUUACGUCAUCUUGGACAUAAGCAUCAUGCUGUUUUAAUUCAGAAUGCUAUCAAUAAAACUAUCAAUCAAGGUGUCCAUACUCGUGAUCUUGGUGGAGAUGCUACAAGUAGACAAGUUGUUGAUACCAUAAUGAAAUACAUUAAACAAGCCUCUGAUUAAGACUGAUAGAAUGUACUUUGGUUCAAAAAUAAUAUAAUGAUGUAGAGAUAUACAUAUAUAUAUAUAUAUACACACACAUAUAUAUAUAUGUACACUCAGUCAAAAAAGUCUCCAU